AGAGGCAAAGGGAGACACACAGAGGGGAGAGUGAGUGGGAGCCACAGUAUCCAAAACCACAGUCAUGGGGUUGUCGGUGUGUGCAGUGUUGGAGGACUGAUUUCUAUUUUUAUACAUUUUUUAUGCGUACUUGGACUUUCGUCGUGUCAAAUUUCUGUUUUUCGUUAAGUCUAAUUAUUGAGUAUACCAUGCCAAAGGCUGCAUCAAUGUCUUCGUUCAUUUCUUUGAGAUCUCUGUUCAUUGGCGGAGGAUUCAUCAUCAUCUCGGGGAAUCUUUAAAGCCUUUUCUGGAGUCUGAAUGCACAGCAGAGCGGACACCGUUAGAUUAUAAGGCGGAGGUGACGUGCUGAAAGAAAACAAUGCACCUCGUGCAGUCCAUCCUUGGCCGCUGUGUUUGGCUCCUUGAGCUCGGCUGUCGGCUCUGCCGUGUCUUUACGCGCUGAGAGGAGCGGGGGAGAGGGGAGGCUUUCCCGUCAGUUCAAUCACGCAAUCGCUACUGAAUUGAUUGACUGAGCUGAGGGGGAGGGAGGAGGGGGGAGUAUUUGGAUGUGAGACUAAUUCAAAAAAGAGCAGGAUCUGGAUCUGCUGGUUGACUGAGGUUCAGGAGGAGAGGGGGGACACUCUGGACCUUUGGACAUUUCUUGCAGAGGAAUUAUCUAUAUUCUUUUCUCUUUUUUUCUUUUUUAUUGUUAAAUAUAAUUUCAUUGCAUAUUUUUCUAGCCACGGAUAAAGCAGGAUAAGAGUAGAGAUCAAGAAGAGGGAACACCAGUUUGCCGCUGAUGUGAGGGGGGGUGGGGUGGUGGGAGAGAAAAAUGCUGCCUUUGCAAGAAGCCUCCAAAAUCUACCAUGACAACUACAUGCGCAACUCCAGGGCCAUCGGGGUCCUGUGGGCCAUAUUCACCAUCUGCUUGGCCAUCAUCAACGUGGUGGUGUUCAUCCAGCCCUACUGGAUCGGCGACAGCGUCAACACCCCCCAAGCCGGCUACUUCGGCUUGUUCCACUACUGUGUGGGCAACGGGAACUCCGACCGGGAGCUCUUGUGCCAGGGCAGCUUCUCCGACUUCAGCUCCAUCCCGUCGGGAGCCUUCAAGGCGGCCUCCUUCUUCGUGCUGAUGUCCAUGGUACUCAUCAUCAGCUGCAUCGCCUGCUUCGCCCUCUUCUUCUUCUGCAACACCGCCACGGUCUACAAGACGUGCGCCUGGAUGCAGCUGCUAUGCGCCGUGUGUCUGGUGCUCGGCUGUAUCAUCUUCCCAAACGGCUGGGACUCCGAGGUGAUCCGGGACAUGUGCGGCGAGGACACGGGGAAGUACACGCUGGGCAACUGCUCAGUACGCUGGGCCUACAUACUGGCUAUCAUCGGCAUCCUGGACGCCCUCAUCCUCUCCUUCCUGGCCUUCGUCCUCGGCAACCGGCAGAGCGACUUCCUGCAGGAGGAGCUGAAGGCCGAGAACAAAGAUUUUGCUGUGUCUAGGCCAAAUGGAGCAGAGCAGCAGACAGAGGAAGGAGAUGAAGUGCAGAGAUGACUGUCCAAAAUCACAAACCACAAAAUCUGAUGAUGUGAUAACAUGAUUGAAAUCCGAGACACCAAGGAUCCGAGAUUUGGCGUCCAGCGGUUCCACUGAGAACCAAACUUCCUCUUUUCCAGCUUUUCCAGCUCCUACCCUCCCUUCAUCCUCCUCCUUCUGCUCCUCUGUCCUAAGCUUUUCAAGUUAAACCCUUGAUCUGGGCUUGGAGGCUGAAGCCUAGCAGUUUGUAAAAUAGGACAGAAGUGGAAUCACCUAACAAAGGAAAACUCUGUCUGUUUGAAGAGAAGAAGUAUGCUGAUCAGUUUUAUCAAACUCUGGGAUAAAAUCAGUCAUGACAUACAGUCUUACUGUCCCAUCACGUUGUUAUAACAAAGAUUAUGAAGUUAUUGAUGAUGAUGAUAAUAAUGCUUGCAGUAGGAGUGUUCUAUGAAAAUCUUCAUAUUUUUAUUGAGUGGAAAAAGAAUUUCCAGCUUUAAAAGGUAAUAUUAUAAAAUGCGUAUGUAAAAGCAGACAGGUGCUACUUCUGAGAUAACAAAAAUGAAACAUUUUAAAAUACAAGAACAAGAAAAAAAAGAUUUUGUACAGCCACGGUGUAAUUUUCAAGUCUUUUUCAGGCCACUUUUCAACUCCUCUUUGUAUAUGACAAGGUCUGAUCCCAGGAACUACAAAAAUAAACCAUGUAUGUAAAUGAGAUGUUUCUAUGGAAACAGGGUAAAAAGACAUUUUUUCAGCAUUUUUUUGCCCCCAUACAUGAAACAUUCCUGUAAACUGUGGAAUAGUAAAAAUCUGUUUCAUUGUCCUAUCGUGAAAAAAAGUGUGGAUUCCAUGUCUUUUAACCCUGUGUGUAAUUUCUAGCCACCCGCCAUCCUUAAGUCCACACUACACUGAGAAACAAACAAGCUGAGAGGCAGAGAAAUGUCCUUCCUGUCCUCAGCUGUUUCAAUCUUUGGCAUCUCACUACAUUCUGUUUUUUCUUUGUGUUUCCUCCUCCCACUCUGGCUGUGUUCAGUUCUGCUCUAGUCAAAUGGGUUUUGUUUGUACAUCCGCCACCAGGAAAGGCCCUGCAUGCUGCAUCUAUCUCAGGCUAGCAAAGAUGAGGUGUCCUCUAUGCUCAGCAGGGCUCAGACUCCGUUCAGUCCAACAGGCAGUCUGCUGCACUAUCCAGGCCCACCAGCUGAAGAACACAGAGCUGAGCUUUCAUGUUGAGAGGACAGACCCAGCACAGACUUUCAUCAACACAACAGACAUCACGCACUGUGCCACUACCCUGCUCUGAUUCCACACAGGACCCUCUCUAUGGAGACAGAUUAGUGCUUGAAGUCGAUAUGUUCAUUCUGAACAGAAGGCGCAAUUGAACGCAAAGGCUGAAAACAAAAUGAUCCAAGUGUGAUUAUUAUUUAGUAUGACCUUCAACUACAAUUUUAAAUUUACUUUCCGAUACAGAUUGUGCUUUGAAAAACACAUCUGGUAAUCAGUCUAGUAACACUGAGCUGUAGCUUCAUGCUAAGAAUGAACCAUGGGAUAGGUGAGCAGUGUGGCACAUCUGGAGGAUGUGAUAAUCCAGUGGAAGAGUAUCAUUUAGGUCUCCACACCUCAGUCAAACCCUCUCCAAGAUCACACUGUGUAUGUAUGGGGAGCAAUUUUAAUCAGUUUUGUAAGAACAAAAACUAUCAGCAACUGACAAAUAAAGAUGGAAACAUGUUACUGUUGACUCAUCCACAGAUGUGUCUUACAAACUCAAUCUGAAGUGAGCAAGCUGAAUUUUAAAUGGGUUUUUUUAUUUUUAUUUAAACUGAGAAAGAAUUUGAAAAUAUAUUUAUCAUAUGAUUUUAAACUAAUUUUACUUUUUUAGAGUUCACUUCUUUUAAAAGAAAUAUUUUUUGAAUAAAGUAGUUCAUUAAGAGCACUGAAAUACAAACUAAAUCUCUGUGGACACUUGUGUUUCUGUACAUUUGCCACACCUGUCAUACAUGUAGACACACACAGAGGUACACAGUGAAGCCAGCUGACAGGAACACUGAGGAAAUGUGUAUAACUGUAUAACUCAAUAGAAGCAAUUACAGCAGAGGAAGCUUUGGUUUCCACAAAUGACAUUUUGAUAUCUUGAGGCAUAAACACAGACUGGCAUUUUUUCUCAGGAUGAUACAUAAUAACACAUAGUUCUUUUGAGUUUCCCUAAAGAGAUAUUUCCAUUAUUUCAGAUCUAUGUCAGGGUUUCUCAACCUUUUCUGACCCAUGAUCCCACGACCCCACUGACCAGCUGUCAUUUGAAUUGUCAGUAUGACAUACUUUUGUUUUCUAAUUUCAAAAGCAUGAAGGGGCAUAGAAAUGAUCAUAUAUUUCAAAAUUAUGUUUUUUAAAAAAUACCAAACACUUAUAAACUAUAGGUUGGUGUGGUUUACACCAACAUAGUUUGGGGUUCACUUGCUUUUGCUUUGAGCUGCUCACUGUCUUGCUAAACAAAUACCUGAUGGAGUGCAAUGGACAGGAUUCCACCUGGAUCCAUCAAAAUAUGUAUUAAAAGGUAAAAGAAUGACAUCACUGAGACACAAAGAAGGUCCUUUCAGUUGGAAAUCCGCCACCUAGUGCUUGUAUGGACUGGCCAAGCUGACAGUAUCAUCAACCUGAGAAGAUUUUCUUCGUACUAAAGUUUCCAAUACAGAUCUCUCUCAAUUAACCAGUCUGGCCUCAAGGCAUUUUGUCAAAUGAACACAAUCUUUUAAAAAUAUAUCACUAUGAGACAAAAAGUCAAAUUCACAGUGACACAGUGCCUGAUACACAUUCAGCUUAGGAGGUUAUGGGUAAUGUGGUUUGUAUGCUCUUUAGUUUCCAAUUCAUGCCCUUGUUCUAUUAUCAGAUCUUUCAGUCUGCUCAUUUCACAAACAGACUGUUUUUUUUGCAGCUAGAAUCUCCUCUAGUCUGUUUUUAGUAACAAGGAUUUAGUUUAGUAGAAUUUUACACCACUUCUACUUUUGUACUGAUUAUCCACACAGUGCAGAAUUAGAUUGGAAUUUUGUAUGAAAUAUGUUUUGUAUGAAAUAUUUGUUUUCUUGAAUGAUUUGUGGCUCACGCUGACUCAGCAGGUUGUUGUUUUUUUGGUGUGGAGGAAUCAUUAGUGCAAAGCAUGACAUUUAAGCUUCAUCAGUAGUAGUUAGUCCCUCUGAAUGAAUCAUAUGCCAGGGUCGAGGUCACUGAGCACGCCUCAACACGAAAAAAAAGUUGUCUACUCUCUCACUGGCUCUCUUUUUUUUUUAUUGUACAUCUGCCCACAAACAUAUGAUUUUCACCCCUUCCACUGUUAUUCAAUGUGCCACAUCCAGAUAUGGAAUUAUAUAUUUCUAUUUCAGUGCUUUUCUGUUUGUUUCUCUCUUACAUGGUGUUAUGUUCAUUGCUCUGCACUUGAUGUAACGUUAUUUUCUAUGGUUAUGGGAUGCUGUGAUGUUUGUGCGGGAGUGUGCACAGGAGAGUUUUCAGCAUGGCAGCCAGUGUCAUACACCUCUAUCACCAUUGGCGUUGUUGUUUUAACAAGAAGAUGAAUAAACGGAUUGACUUAAUUGACUUUUUUUAUCCUACCUUAUCAAGACAGACAUAUCUUUCAUUACACACAAUGUUCUUCAUUCAAACAUCGCUGAGUUAUCUGGAAGCUGACUGUUAUCUAUAGCUGUUCUAAGAGUUUUAUUAGCCUAUGGAGAUCAAAUAAUGGAAAAAAUAAUCCUCCAACCUGUU